AGAUACCCACUUUAAUUUAAAAAAUAUGCGAUUUGGACGAAUCCGAUUGUGAUUGGUGCCUAUAAACUAGACAGAGAGCAUGAGAUGGUGACUAUAAACUAGACAAAGAGCAUGAGAGGAGUGUGAUCAAGAACAUUAUAAGAUGUGAUGGUGGACAAAGUACUUUGCUCGUUCCACCAUUUCUUCUCCAUCUACCUAUAAUAACCAGCUCCGGGGCCUCCUGCUAACAUUGGCAGCGCAGCCACCAUGGCUGAGCCCGGCAAGGUCGUACGACGGUGGCAGCGGUGGGCGUUCGCCAACCUGGGCUCGGCGUUCACCAACUUCGGCUCGCUGUGGUUCAUCCUGGCGCCGCUGGUGUCGCUGGUCGCCACCUACGCGCCGCGCCGCCUGUUCCAGACCUACUUCAACCUCUUCCUCCGCCGCCGCACCCGCCGGGUCCUCAACGUCGUCGACCCCUACGUCACCAUCGACAUCUCGGAGCCCGGCUCCGACGUGCGCUACUCCCGGUACGGCCCCGUCUCCGACAACGACGGUACCUACGAGGAGGUCAAGGCGUACCUGAGCGGCGCGUGCUCGCACGAGGACGCGCGCGAGCUCCGCGCCGAGGGUGCCAAGGACGGCGACGGCCUCGUCAUCAGCAUGCGCGACGGCCAGGACGUCGCCGACGAGUUCCGCGGCGUUCCGCUCUGGUGGUCGUCGGUGGUGGAUAAGGACGUGCAGGGGCAGCGCCAGGGGAAGCGACGCUUCCAGCGCCUCACGUUCCACCUCCGCCACCGCCGGCUCGUCGUCGACGAGUACCUGCCACACGUCCGCCGCCGGGGACGCGAGAUCCUCUUCAGCAACCGCCGCCGCAGGCUCUACACCAACAGCAAGUCACGCGAUGUUUACUACGAAUCCAAGUCAUGGAGCUACAUCGACUUCGAUCACCCGACGACGUUCAACACGCUGGCCAUGGACCGGGCCAAGAAGAAGGACAUCAUGGACGACCUCGACGCGUUCCGGAACAACAGGGACUUCUACCGGCGAACCGGCAAGCCGUGGAAGCGCGGGUACCUACUCUACGGCCCGCCGGGCACCGGCAAGUCCACCAUGGUCGCCGCUAUGGCCAACUACCUCGACUACGACAUCUACGACGUCGAGCUCACCGUCGUGAACACCAACACCGACCUCCGCAGGCUCCUCAUUGAGACCACCAGCAAGUCCAUCAUCGUCAUCGAGGACAUCGACUGCUCCCUCGACCUCACCGGCGACCGCGCCAGGCAGCGGCGACGCCCCGGCGGGCCGCCCAAGGAUGACGACAGGUACUACGCCGACGACAGGCCCCGCAACACGGUGACCCUGUCCGGCCUGCUCAACUUCAUCGACGGGCUGUGGUCGGCGUCCGGCGGCGAGCGAAUCGUCGUGUUCACCACCAACCACGUCGACAAGCUCGACCCGGCGCUGAUCCGGCGCGGCAGGAUGGACAUGCACAUCGAGAUGUCCUACUGCGGCUUCGAGGCGUUCCAGACCCUCGCCAAGAACUACCUGGACAUCGACGACCACGAGCUGUUCGGCUCCGUCGAGGAGAUACUGCGGGAGGUGAAGCUCACGCCGGCCGAUGUCGCUGAGUGCCUCAUGACGGCCAAGCGAGCGGGAGCCGGCGAGCCUUCUCCGUGCCUUGAGAUAUUGAUCGAUGAGCUGAAGAAGAGAGCAGAGGAGAAGGAGAAGGCCGAGGCGGAGGCGAAGGCGAAGGCUGAGGCAGAGGCCAAGGCAUGGGCUGAGGCAGAGGCCAAAGCGGCAGCGGAGGCAGAGGCCAAAGCGGCGGCGGAGGCAAACGCGAGCGAAAUGGCCCGUGGGAACACACGGUAAGAAGAGGAUGCAGAGAAAAUUCGAGGAUGUGUUAGAGUUUUAUGAAUAAUCCUGAACAAGGCUUUGCUAAAUCUCGCUCUGGAAUCUCUUAAUCCUGACUCGAUCGUUUUGGUACUUAACUUAUGUGAGGUUCGCAAUUAGGAAUAUAGUGUCGUGCAAGAGUUUAGAAAAGAAAUCAUGUACUGCUUCGUGAUCUUCAGACACCUGAGUUUUAGUUUGCGCCUUAGUUAUAAUUAUUACUUUAUAAUUUUUAUAUAUGUAACUUUAAGUCACGAAGGUAACUUUAUAGCUGCGGGAUCUCAUCAUAUACAUAACUCUUUUCGUACUU